AUGAUUCAAGUUUCUACCUGUCCUUCCCCAGAGCCCUAUGCUGUGAUGCCACCGGUGGAGUUAUUCAUGGAGGCGUCUUUUGAGGAGAGGCGAGUCAUGCUGUACAGGGAUUUGGAAAAAGGAGAUAUUGUGGUGGGCAGGAUCAACAACAUUAGAGAAUACGGCUUCUUUCUGACAUUGCUCUGCACGGCAGGAGGGCUGAAGAGAGACAUCGAAGACUUGGAGUUGUCGGCUCUCUGUCACAUUAGAGAAAUUCCCUCCACUGGAAGCCAUGAUGAUCCUUUGUCCUACUACCAGAUUGGGGACUUCAUCAGAGCUGCAGUGAAAGAUAUCGAUCGUUACCAGGAGAAAGUCACAGUCUCCCUCCACCAGGCGUCUCUUUCUUCCAAAAUGGAGCACGUCAAACUGGGUGUCAUUCCCCGGGAGGAGCUGCCCACACACUACAGGUAGCUACACAGCCUGACA